UUCAAAAUGCUACUUUUUGUAAAUAAAAGUAAUAUUUUAAUAUCGUUUGAUAAAAUUGGAUCCUUCUACGAUGGUCGUUAAUCUGUAUGAAAAUUCGAUGCAGAAAGAUUGUAAGAAGUUUUUAGAUACGAUAGGGUGAUACUUGGGGCAAUGUUUAUUAGUUUUCGAAUUUAUCGCAUUAACCUCUCUUUAUUUAUUUAUCUUCAUCGUAAACAAUUACAUUUUAGGAUGCAGCACGUAUUACAUUCAUGUGUCUGUUUCGACGACUGAAUGCAAUUCAUGUUUACAUACGACAUCUCUACAACUUCUUCAUUCUGAGUAAAAAUCCAAAUUUGAAAACAACGAUUAACUAUCAACAAAUAUACGGGCAAACAUCAUCCGGUUCACAUGGACGAUAAACAUUUUCAUUGCGAUGUUUGCGACAAAUAUUUCUCUAGGAAGAACACUCUGAACGAGCACCUGAAGACCCAUUUGGACCUGAGACCGUUCAAAUGUGACCAGUGUUGUAAAACGUUUACAAAAAAGUGCACCCUCUCUGUCCACAUUAAAACCGUUCAUAGUCGCGCAAACAUGAAAACUUAUAAAUGCGAUCUCUGUCCUAAAAUCUUCUCGACUAGGUACUUCCUGAAGGUCCACAUGGCAGAACAUGACACAAAAAAUACGUUUAAAUGUCAAACUUGCGCAAAAUGCUUCGUCCUGAAGAGCACUUUGAGUGAACACAUGAAAAUCCACGCGGGCCAGAAAGCGUAUCAGUGUGACCAAUGCGGUAAAACGUUUAUGAAGAAAUUUUACUUGUCGAUCCACAUUAAAAAUUUCCAUAAACUUGGGUCGUGCGGUUUACAAAAAUGCAAAUACUGUGGGAAGCAGUUUAGGCUGAAAUCACAUUUGAACGCCCAUCUCAGUACCCAUCACGAAAAAAGCACUUACGAAUGCGCCCUUUGUUUGAAAGUAUUCUCCUCGAGAUACUACUUGAUGCUCCACAUGGCCGUUCACGACAACAAAAAACUGUUUAAAUGCGAAACUUGCGGCAAGUGUUUUGCUUUGAAGGAGACUUUGAAUACACACGUGAAAAUCCAUUUUGGCAAGAAACUGUUUCAGUGCGACGCCUGCGAUAAAUGUUUCGCCAGGAAGAACACAUUGAGUGAACAUAUGAAAACCCAUUUAGGUCAAAAACCGUUUAAAUGUGACCAAUGUGGUAAAACGUUUACCAAGAAGUUCUCACUGUCGGUCCAUGUAAAAGGCCUCCACGGCAACGAGAGCAUGAAAACUUACAAAUGCGUCUUAUGUCCGAAAGUACUUUCAAGCAGGUACUAUUUGAAGGUCCAUAUGGCCGAACACGAUACGAAACGUCUGUUUAAAUGCGAAACAUGCGGAAGAUGUUUCGUGUUGAAGUGGACCCUCAAGGAGCACAUGAAAACUCACUUGCGCGAGAAAGCGUUUCAAUGCGAGCAAUGCGGUAAGACAUUUACUAGGAAAUUUUACCUCUCGGUUCAUAUUAAAACUGUCCACAAUCAUGACCUAUGCAUUUUACAAAAAUGUCACGUAUGCGAUAAAGAAUUCAAGACCAAAACUCAUUUAAAACUGCAUAUGAAGGAACAUGUUAAACCUGAGUGUCCGCUAUGUUUCCAAUCAUCUGAAGAAUGCACUUGUUCGUGGGAUCUCGCAGACGACAGACGCGAUCGCCUAAGGAAUCGUCUCAAUAGAGAAAAUUUAAUGAUAAGGUGUCAGACUUGUUCCAAACCGAUCCUGCGUGUUUCCCAACUCAAGAUACAUUUACGAACACAUCGCGAUUAUAAGUGCAUACUUUGCAACGAGGAUUAUAAGAAUUGCGAUUGCUGUGACGAUUACAUUCAGGUGUCGAAAACCAUAAAUACUUAUCGGAAAACCAGUAAACCUUCAACCAGAGUUGAAGAGUCAUUGUUAACAGAAAAAGCAGCAGCUGAACCUGCUGUUAGCGUUAAGGAAGAGGUUGUUACUCCAGUUAAUGAACUUGGUGGAGAAGACGAUAAAGAAUGCAUCGAUCUAAGUGAAACUAUUAUAUCCAAAGAAGAUAAAUGUAUAUCAUGCAACGAGGACACUAAUAAAGGUUGUAGUUGCUCCAGCAAUUAUAUGGUAGUGACAAAAAGUAUUAACACUUAUCAGAAAACUUAUAAACGUUCUUCUAACGUUAAGCAGCCGUUAACAGUAGUAAAACCUGUUGAAGUUAAGCAAGAAGUAUGUUUUGUUACAAUUGAUGAAAAAGACAGUAUUGUACCUAAGAAGGAACCUAAGGAAGAGUGUUUUGGAAUAGGAGAAAACUCCGUUGAAUCCUUUACGUAUACGAUUGCUGAAGUCGACCAAGACAGUAAUAACAAGAGUAUUUUUAGCAUUAAAGAAGAGUCCGUCGAGUUCAAGUGAAUUAACAUUUCUAGCUGUAUAAUAAUUUGUAUAAUUAAAAGACUA